UUAUAUGGAAUUUGAUAGUUUGUUUUUGUAUCUUUAGAUUCAAACUUUAGUUCAUUCCUGCAUUUAUUAAAGUUUAUAUCAAACCAGAGUGUAGACUGAAUAUACAAAUACCAACGAACUUUGGAUUACGCGAAUAGUACCGAACUAAAGUGCGUUGCUAUGUUUAAAUUUACGAAGGAACUUUCAUUCGCCGGUUACCUGUUAAUCGUUCCUAGUGUCAGCGUCGGCAACGUAGCCCAGUUGGCCGUAGAUCUACUGAUUGAAACACUUAAAAUGCGGAAGAUUGGUCUACUGUGGCAUCCGGCUUUAAUUCCAGUUGUUGGACCCGCUGCUUAUGAACACGAUACGGAUAAAAUCACUACAACGGCUGAAUUGUAUGUUUCCGAAGAGAAGAAGCUUCUCGUCCUGCAGUUGCGUGCUCCACUAGUAGGAGCAUUGCAAGCAGAUUUCGUUGACAAUCUAACCGCCUUUGCUCGGGAUAAGCAGUUACUGGAGGUGGUAAUACUAAGCAGCAGCUUUGCUCACGAAAACCAUGAAGUCGGUGCCCGCCCAUACAGAUAUCUGGCCAACGAAUCGUAUCUGACGGAGCACGCCGAGAAACUUCAAUCUCUACAGUGGACCAGGCAGGAGGGAAAUGUAAUUCAUGGGGGAGGAUUUGCGGUUGGACUAUGGAAUGCCUGCAGUGAGAAGCAGCUUGCCAGCUUAGUGCUGUUCAAUUACGUUUCCGAAGGAGACAACACAGCGGAUGCUGUGCAGUUGGUUUCGCUUCUGGAUCAGCUUAAGCAACCGUUGCUUCCGCGGGAGGCCGAGGGCACACAGCUUAAGUUAGCCAUCCCAAGCUCCUGGAAACACAUGUACGGCAAUGCCGCACCAUUGAAUGUUUACUGAAUAAACAGAUGCAUUUGAA